AAUUUAAAAAAAAAAACGCAGCAUAUGAAGAAGCACCAAAAAUUUCAAAGCUUUUUGUACCUUAAAAAGCUCAGAUGCUUUAAAGCUUAAUUCCUCGCAUGAGCUGAGGAAAACCCUUUGUUUCUCAUGCCUAUGUCUUUUGAUUUCACCAAGUGAAUGAUUUUGUUUAGAAAGCCAAAUUUUCAACUAUUGGGUUCCUUUCUUCUUCUUCCUCUUCGUUUUUUUAUAUAAAAAAAAUCCCCUUCGGUGAUAGAGAAAUCAGGAUUUGAUUUCUGUGAGAGUUCCGCUUGUUUCCUGCGAAAGUCUCAAACUUUUCCCGGAAAAUAAAACAAAAACAUGAAGGCUCCAUCAAAUGGAGUUUUGCCCAAUUCUACUGAAGGAGAGAGGAAACCCAUCAAUUCGCAGCUAUGGCAUGCUUGCGCUGGACCUCUGGUUUCAUUGCCUCCCGUCGGGAGUCUCGUGGUUUACUUCCCUCAGGGCCACAGCGAGCAAGUUGCGGCAUCGAUGCAGAAACAGGCGGAUUUCAUCCCGAGCUACCCGAAUCUUCCUUCCAAAUUGAUUUGUCUGCUUCACAAUGUUACGUUGCAUGCUGACACUGAAACUGAUGAAGUCUAUGCACAGAUGACUCUUCAGCCUGUGAAUAAGUACGAUAAAGAAGCAUUGCUAGCGUCCGACAUGGGUCUGAAACAGAACAGGCAACCUACAGAGUUUUUCUGCAAGAUUCUUACAGCCAGUGACACCAGCACCCACGGCGGUUUCUCUGUUCCACGUCGAGCAGCUGAGAAAAUAUUCCCUCCUCUCGAUUUUUCGAUGCAACCGCCCGCACAAGAGAUCGUAGCUAAAGAUUUACAUGACAAUACGUGGAAUUUCAGGCAUAUCUACCGAGGCCAACCGAAAAGGCACUUGCUCACGACAGGCUGGAGUGUCUUUGUCAGCACGAAAAGGCUUUUCGCCGGUGAUUCAGUGUUGUUCGUAAGAGAUGAAAAGUCACAGCUGCUUUUGGGUAUACGACGUGCAAGCAGACAAACACCGGCUCUUUCUUCGUCACUCAUAUCCAGCGACAGUAUGCAUAUCGGAAUUCUCGCAGCGGCAGCUCAUGCCGCUGCCAAUAAUAGCCCCUUUACUAUAUUCUACAAUCCGAGAGCGAGCCCGUCGGAGUUUGUAGUUCCCUUAGCCAAGUACAACAAAGCCAUGUAUACCCAAGUAUCUCUGGGGAUGCGGUUCCGGAUGUUGUUCGAGACCGAGGACUGCGGGGUCCGUAGAUAUAUGGGUACGAUAACCGGUAUUUCUGACUUGGAUCCCGUCCGAUGGAAAAACUCGCAAUGGCGCAACCUCCAGGUCGGAUGGGAUGAAUCAACGGCUGGAGAUCGACCAAGCCGUGUUUCCAUUUGGGACAUCGAACCCGUCAUAACUCCUUUCUACAUCUGCCCUCCUCCGUUUUUCAGACCCAAGUUUCCAAGGCAGCCCGGGAUGCUAGACGAUGAGUUGGACAUAGAGAAUGCUUUCAGACGAGCAAUGCCAUGGUUAGGAGAUGAAUAUGGUGGGAUGAAAGAUGGGCAGAGUUCAAUGUUCCCUGGUUUAAGCCUGGUUCAGUGGAUGAACAUGCAGCAGACCAACCCUUUGUCGGCUGCUACUACUCAGUUUCCAUCCAGGCUUUCGUCAUAUAAUCUGCCGAAUAAUUUCGGGUCUGACGACGCAUCUAAGCUGUUGAACUUUCAAUCUCCGAACGCCCAUUUCAGCAAACCCAACGGUGGAGUGGCCAACCAUAUCAGCCAGCUGCAACAACAGCAACAGCCAAAGCCACAGCAGCAACUACAGAAACACCUGCAGCAACAAGGGGCUCAUCCCGGUUCAGUCAGCAAUUUGGUCGUUGGCUCGAGCCAAGUGCCUUGUCACACCGUGCAUCAAUCUAAUGGAUUUUCUCAGACUCAGAUUCAGCAGCAGGCAUUGCUCUCUAGUGGGUCUAAGACACAUCAGAAUAACUUGUUUUCGGGGAAUAAGGGAUCGUCUCCGCUGACAUCAUUAGGACAAGACUUUCAGUUUCAGCAGCAGAUGGAGCAGCAGAACAGUAAUCAGUUACUGAGAAGCCAGCAAGAGCAUGUUCAAUCUGUUUUGCAUUCAUCCCCGAAUCCUCAGCAACCGCAAAAUCAACAGUUGUCGAAACAAAAUCUCUUGCAGCAGCAGCAGCAGCAGCAACAACUUCAAUUGCAACUUCUGCAGAAGCUACAGCAGCAACAGCAGCAGCAGCAACAACAACAACAGCAACAACAACAAUUGAUUCUUCCAGUAAGUUCAUCACUGCAUCAAUCACAAAACCAUCAAAUGCUGCUGCCUCAGAUUCAACAACCAGCAAAUGGUAACAACUUCUCGACUUCAACAACGUUCAUGCAACCUCCGCCAGUAACGGUGAGCCAGUCACAAGGACAGAUGAAUAAAGCAAUUAUUCCCGUCAGAACGCAUUCUGGUCAAACAGACGGGGAAGCUCCUUCUUGCUCGACGUCGCCUUCCGCCAACAACAAUGUACAUGUCUCAGCAUCAAACUUCCUGCCUGCAAGUAAUCAUGUUCCAGAGCUUUAUUCCAAAACGGACGGUCGUAUCAAACAGGAGCAGUUCAAGUAUAAAGCAACAAUGGCGGAUCAGGUAGAUGUGUCCACAUCUGGAACAACAUACUGUCCGGAUGUCGCCAUUGCCCCGCAGAAUUUCUCCCUACCGUCAUUCGGUCUCGAGGGCGAUGUCCAAUCACAUCCUAGACAUAACCUGCCUUAUGCUGGGAACUUUGAUGGGGUAACCCCUGAUGCUUUGUAUUCUCAAAAGGAUUUCCACAACUUAGUCAACAACUAUGGCGGCACACCUAGAGACAUCGAGACUGAGUUAUCGAGUGCUGGGAUAAGUUCUCAGUCGUUCGGCAUUCCGAACAUUCCCUUGAAACCCGGGUGCUCCAAUGACGUUGGCAUCAACGACUCCGCCAUUCUGAAUUCGGGUUUAUGGGCCAACCAGGCUCAACGAAUGAGGACAUACACCAAGGUUCAAAAACGAGGGUCGGUGGGAAGAUCGAUAGACGUGACUAGGUACAGAGGCUACGACGAACUCAGGCAUGAUCUUGCACGGAUGUUUGGGAUCGAGGGGCAGCUCGAGGAUCCACAAACCUCUGACUGGAAACUCGUCUACACAGAUCACGAGAACGAUAUCUUGCUCGUCGGCGAUGAUCCUUGGGAGGAAUUUGUGAACUGUGUCCAAAACAUAAAGAUACUGUCGUCUGCGGAAGUGCAGCAGAUGAGUUUGGACGGCGACCUUGCGGCCAUCCCCGUCCCGAUCCAAGCUUGUAGCGGCACGGAGAGCGGGAACGCGUGGAAAGUACACUACGACGACACUUCCGCCGCAUCGUUCAACAGAUAAAACGGAACCGAUAGAAAGGCGAAAAAAAAGCUGCAUGCAUAGGGAUUAUUAUUGUCUAACCUUACAAAGAAUUUAUAUAAUUUUUUUUUUUUUUUUUGUAAACUGUAAAUGAGAAUGUGACAGAGAGGAGCAAAGUUUCUGUGAGAUGUUUUCUAUAACAGACGGUUAUGUUAACUAACAAAGCAUUCAUCGUUUUGCUCAUC